CCGAGCCAUGGCGGACGGCAGCAAAACGGUGCAGGCCCGCGCGCUCCUGCAGCGGUGUCUGCACGCUCAUCUACAAGUGCGCCCGGCCGACGGGGACGCCCCGGCGCAGUGGGUGGAGAUCCAGAGAGGCCUGGUGAUCUAUGUGUGCUUCUUCAAGGGGGCGGACAAAGAGCUUCUUCCCAAGAUGGUUAAUACGCUGUUAAAUGUGAAAUUAAGUGAAACGGAAAACGGCAAGCUUGUCUCUAUCCUGGACCUGCCUGGCGACGUUCUCAUCAUCCCUCAAGCCACCCUCGGGGGCAGGGUGAAAGGAAAAACCAUGCAGUAUCAUGCUAACUCCGGGAAGGAGGAAGGCCUGGCACUGUACUCCCAGUUCGUGAGUCUGUGUGAGAAAGCCUUGGCCGCCAACAGCAAGUGUGCCGAAGCGGGGGUUGUAGUGGCGCAUGGCACUUACGGCAACAGGCAAGUGUUAAAUCUGGACACCAAUGGACCAUACACGCACCUAAUCGAGUUUUGAAAGACUCUCUCCACGACUGCCUCAUGGUAUAAAAGGACCGGACUGGACUUAGGUUUGGUCCCCUACCUCUUGAAGGCACAGAUCUGCAAAGUUUCGGCAAGAACAUCCUGGAUCCAAGCUGGACAUGGUGACACAUUCCUUUAAUCCCAUCCCAAUGCUCAGAGGCAGAGACGGCAGAUUUCGUCACUUGGAGGCCAUCCUGGUCUACCUAGCCAGUCAAGGACAGCCUUUUUUAAAAAAAUAAAGAAACUGGGAACAUAAAUGAGUCAUUUUGUAAAAGGCAGCACUGGUUUUUACAAACCCCUCAGCCUUUACUCUAAAAUAUGUUUUUAAGAUUGGAAACUGUGGAUAGCGAUAGCUCGGUAGUGAAGAGGUUUUGCUGCACUCCUAGAGGCCCUGGAGUCAGUGCCCAGCACGAUGGGUCCUAACCGUCUGCACCUGCAGCUCUGGGGGAUUGGAGGGCUCCCGGGUACACAAGGAUACAUAUAAAUAAAAUGUAAAGAUAAAUAUUAAAAACUCUAAGGUAUUUUUAAAUUGAAAAUUAAAUAUUUCUAAUUAGCAGACUUAGACAUCUGAGGACGCCACUGGACUCUCCUGGUGUCUUAGAUGUCCCUUGACCUGUUCUGACAUUUUAAAUUCCUCUUGCACACAUGCCCGAAAUUCCUUUUUUUAUAGCUUUCCUGUACUGUUCUAUUUUGAAACUUGAGAAUCAAUAACUUGAGCUCAUUAUUCUUAACUUCUGCUUUAUUGAUUCACAAUGCAGUUGUUGAAAUGUGAUAAACUAUUCAUAAGCUUAGAAACCCCAGUUUUUCUUAAAUCUCCUCAAGGACAUGCGCAUCUCUUUCAAAAAGAUUACAUUACUUACUUUAAAUCAUUUUGGUUUUAUGCCUGUGUAAAAUGCUGACUCACAGCCCUAUAUGGAGUUCAAGAAUUCUCCUUACAAAGCCGCCUGCGGCGCCUGUGGAAAAGGGCAGUCCAAGUUUAUGGAAGAUUAAUAAUUAGAAACAAUGACAGAUGGGGGAAGCAGAAAAAUUGUAGAUUUGGAAAUUACUUCAUCUUUGCUUUUCGUAGCUUUUUUAAAAACCCAUCAAUAUACACAUUUUAUUUUCAUAUCUAUAAUGAAGAUAGCACUAUAGAAAGAAAGAUGCUGUUUUCCCCAGGUCAUCCACUAUGGAAGAGUCACCUCCUUCCUCUGACUUAUACUGAAACUUGUUGCUGGUUAAUUGGUUUAGUUACUAAAUUAGGCAUGAACAAAAUUGCCCCUAACAUACAUGCCUUAUCCCUUGUUUUUUUCUAAGAUUAUAGAAUGUUUCAAACAAUAUACUUCCUAAAUAUUUUUCAAAGAUUUAUUUUUUCUUGUGUGUGUGUGUCCGUUGGUAUGUCCACAUGAGUGCAGGGGCCCUUGGAGAAUAGAAGCUCUCCUGGAACUGGAGAUGCAGGUGACUGUGCCUGAUGUGGGGUGCUGAGAUAAGCAAUGCAUGCUCUUAGCCUCUGAGCUAUCUCCCCAAGACCCCCUAAAUGUUUUUAUUCUUUCAGUUUAGAAUCCUGGAACCACUUGUGGAAAAUAUCAUAUGUAAGAUGCAACAGAUGUGGUUUUAAUGUCUGGAACACAUUCGUAUAAAGUAAAAUGGGAGCUGAGCAGGUGGCUUAGUGGUUAAGACCAGAGUUCAGCUCCCAGCACCCAUGUCGGGCAAUUCUCGGCACCCUGUAACUCCAGCUCCAGAACUCUGCCCUGCAUUCAAGCAUGUGCACACAUGCACACACGUCAUUUAAUAAAUAAAUAAAGCAAAUUGAAACGUGCCUUUAUCCUUACUUCAAAUUAUAAAAAGAAGGGCAGAGGCAUGCAUGUA